CUUGAACAUAACUUCAAAAGAAGAUUUGAUUUUUUAUUUCUGGACUGCAUAUAUAUAACAAGACCAUCAGAAUGUCGGGAGCCUCAGUGAAGGUGGCUGUGCGGGUUCGGCCCUUCAAUUCUCGAGAGACCAGCAAAGAGUCCAAGUGCAUCAUUCAGAUGCAAGGCAACUCGACCAGUAUUAUUAACCCAAAGAACCCAAAGGAAGCUCCAAAGUCCUUUAGUUUCGACUACUCCUACUGGUCUCACACCUCGCCUGAAGAUCCCUGUUUUGCAUCUCAAAACCGUGUGUACAAUGACAUUGGAAAGGAAAUGCUCUUACAUGCCUUUGAGGGAUAUAAUGUCUGUAUUUUUGCCUAUGGGCAGACUGGUGCUGGGAAAUCUUAUACAAUGAUGGGUAAACAAGAAGAAAGCCAGGCUGGCAUCAUUCCACAGUUAUGUGAAGAACUAUUUGAGAAAAUCAAUGACAACUGUAAUGAAGAAAUGUCUUACUCUGUAGAGGUGAGCUACAUGGAAAUUUACUGUGAACGAGUACGAGACCUGCUGAAUCCAAAAAACAAGGGUCAUUUGCGUGUGCGUGAACACCCACUUCUUGGCCCAUAUGUGGAGGAUCUGUCCAAGCUGGCAGUCACUUCCUACACAGACAUUGCUGACCUCAUGGAUGCUGGGAACAAAGCCAGGACGGUGGCAGCUACCAACAUGAAUGAAACAAGUAGCCGUUCCCAUGCUGUGUUUACCAUUGUUUUCACCCAGAAGAAACAUGAUACUGAGACCAACCUUUCCACUGAGAAGGUCAGUAAAAUCAGCUUGGUGGAUCUAGCAGGAAGUGAACGAGCUGAUUCAACUGGUGCCAAAGGGACUCGAUUAAAGGAAGGAGCAAAUAUUAAUAAGUCUCUCACAACUCUGGGCAAAGUCAUUUCAGCCUUGGCAGAGGUGGAUAACUGCACCAGCAAGAGUAAGAAGAAGAAGAAGACUGAUUUUAUUCCUUACAGGGAUUCUGUACUUACUUGGCUCCUUCGAGAAAAUCUAGGUGGCAAUUCUCGGACUGCAAUGGUUGCUGCUCUGAGCCCAGCAGAUAUCAACUAUGAUGAAACUUUGAGCACUCUGAGAUACGCAGAUCGUGCAAAACAAAUUAAGUGCAAUGCUGUUAUCAAUGAGGACCCCAAUGCCAAACUGGUUCGUGAAUUAAAGGAGGAGGUGACACGGCUGAAGGAUCUUCUUCGUGCUCAGGGGCUGGGAGAUAUUAUUGAUAUUGAUCCAUUGAUCGAUGAUUACUCUGGAAGUGGAGGCAAAUAUCUGAAAGAUUUUCAGAACAAUAAGCAUAGGUACUUGCUAGCCUCUGAGAAUCAACGCCCUGGCAAUUUUUCCACAGCAUCCAUGGGGUCCCUUACUUCAUCUCCAUCUUCCUGCUCACUCAAUAGUCAGGUGGGCAUAACAUCUGUGACCAGUAUUCAGGAGAGGAUCAUGUCUACACCUGGAGGAGAGGAAGCCAUUGAACGUCUAAAGGAAUCGGAGAAGAUCAUUGCUGAGCUGAAUGAGACCUGGGAAGAGAAGCUGCGUAAAACAGAGGCCAUCAGAAUGGAGAGAGAGGCCUUGUUGGCUGAGAUGGGAGUGGCCAUUCGGGAAGACGGAGGAACCCUGGGAGUUUUUUCACCUAAGAAGACCCCACAUCUUGUUAACCUCAAUGAGGACCCACUAAUGUCUGAAUGCCUGCUUUAUUACAUCAAAGAUGGAAUUACAAGGGUUGGCCAAGCAGAUGCUGAACGGCGCCAGGACAUCGUGCUGAGUGGGGCUCACAUUCAAGAAGAGCAUUGUAUCUUCCGGAGCGAGAGAAACAACAGUGGGGACGUUAUUGUGACCCUAGAGCCCUGUGAACGCUCAGAAACCUACGUAAAUGGCAAGAGGGUGGCCCAGCCCGUUCAACUGCGCUCAGGAAACCGUAUCAUCAUGGGUAAAAACCAUGUGUUUCGUUUCAACCACCCGGAGCAAGCACGGGCAGAGCGGGAGAAGACUCCUUCUGCCGAGACCCCCUCUGAGCCUGUGGACUGGACAUUUGCCCAGAGAGAACUUCUAGAAAAACAAGGGAUUGAUAUGAAGCAGGAGAUGGAGAAAAGACUACAGGAGAUGGAGAUCCUAUACAAAAAGGAGAAGGAAGAAGCAGAUCUUCUCUUGGAGCAGCAGAGACUGGACGCGGAUUCUGAUAGCGGGGACGAUUCUGACAAGAGGUCCUGUGAAGAGAGCUGGAAACUGAUUACUUCUCUGAGAGAAAAGCUACCUCCCAGCAAGUUGCAAACCAUUGUUAAAAAGUGUGGCCUCCCUAGCAGUGGGAAGAAACGAGAGCCAAUUAAAAUGUAUCAAAUCCCCCAAAGAAGGCGCCUGAGUAAAGAUUCCAAGUGGGUCACCAUCUCAGAUCUUAAGAUUCAGGCCGUAAAAGAGAUAUGCUACGAGGUUGCGCUCAACGAUUUUAGGCACAGUCGGCAGGAGAUUGAAGCCUUGGCCAUUGUUAAGAUGAAAGAGCUUUGUGCCAUGUAUGGGAAGAAAGAUCCCAAUGAGCGGGACUCUUGGAGGGCAGUGGCCAGGGAUGUGUGGGACACUGUCGGUGUAGGGGAUGAGAAGAUCGAGGACGUGAUGGCCAGUGGAAAGGGCGGGACUGACGUAGAUGACCUCAAGGUUCAUAUUGACAAACUGGAAGAUAUUUUGCAAGAAGUAAAAAAGCAAAAUAACAUGAAGGAUGAGGAAAUAAAAGUCCUAAGAAACAAAAUGCUCAAAAUGGAGAAAGUCUUGCCACUGAUCGGAUCUCAGGAACAGAAAAGCCAAGGAAACCACAGAGCAAAGGAGCCUGUUGGUGCUGGUGUCAGUAACAAGUCUGAAAAUGACGGAAGCAGAGGGGACAGUGGAGAACUUGGGAAAGAGGAGCGCGUUUCCCAGCUGAUGAACGGGGAUCCCGCUUUUAGACGCGGACGUCUGCGCUGGAUGAGGCAAGAGCAAAUCCGCUUUAAGAAUCUGCAACAGCAGGAGAUAGCAAAGCAGCUGCGUAGGCAGAACGUACCUCAUAGGUUCAUCCCUCCUGAGAACCGCAAGCCCCGGUUCCCCUUUAAGAGCAACCCUAAACACAGAAACUCUUGGAGCCCUGGGACUCAUAUCAUCAUAACAGAAGAUGAGGUCAUAGAGCUUAGAAUCCCAAAAGAUGAAGAUGGAAGGAAAGGAAGUAAAGAGGAGAGCCAAGAAAAGGGGGGUAGAGCAACUUCUAAGGAUCCCCAGUUACCAUGGGGCUCUCAGGGCACACGAAGUCAAGAGCACAUCCAAGUUAGCAAGCAGCAUAUUAACACCCAACAACAGCCACCUCAGUUACGCUGGAGAAGCAAUUCUCUCAAUAGUGGCCAACCGAAAAGUACGCGCAGCCAGGCAUCUGCCGCCUCAGAAUCAUUAAAUUCCCACAGUGGUCACCCCACUGCCGAUCUGCAGACUUUCCAGGCGAAGCGCCAUAUUCACCAACACCGUCAGUCUUACUGUAAUUACAACACUGGAGGUCAGUUAGAGGGCAGUGCAGCCAGUUCCUUUCAGAAGCAGACGGACAAGCCCAACCACUGUAGCCAGUUUGUGACACCUCCAAGGAUGAGGCGCCAGUUUUCGGCACCCAAUCUCAAAGCUGGUCGAGAAACCACAGUAUAAAUUACUGGACAAACUUGAAAUCUUGGUGGAGGAAAUAGGCAAUGUUAGCUCAUGAUUUGAGUUGGUUCUAGCCUUGGCCUUGAGUUUCUACUCUUUACAUUAUGGUUUUAAUGUUGCGUUCCUACAAAUCUUAACUGAUUUUAAUAUUGUUAAAACAUAAAACACUGGUAGACAGUUCAGCACCUCCCUUUUGUUUGUAUGCCACAAAUGGGCAGUUUCUGGAAUUUUGGACAAAACACUGAGACCUCCCUUAUUUUUCUGAGACUUUCCUCCUUUCUUGAUAAUACACUUACACAGACUGAUCUUGUUUUGGUGUAAGUUUGUUAUGUUUUUAUAAUGCCUGGAAACUGAUCUGACACCCAGAAACCCCUGCCUCUUGGUUUAUGCAGACAUUAAAAGGGGGAAUUUGAUACGCAGAAUUUAAGUGUCUGUUAUUUCCCCAUAAAUGUUAGACCUUAGUUUAAUAACAUUCAACUAUGUGGACACAGCUUUGGAUUUCUCAUCCAUGUCUGUUCCUGUCUAAAUAUAAUUGGAAUUUUCAUAAGCCAGAACUAAAUGUCUUUGGACAUAUAGUACACAGCUUUGCAUCCUUCCACAGAACUUCCCCAUCUUUUUCUACCAUAUUUUACAUAGAACUGAUUCAGUGGGUUUGUUUGUGUUUUUCUUUUGAAUGUAUCAGUAUGUGUAUGAAAUUUGUCAUAAUACUGAAAUCUUUAAAUUGGCACCGUUUCUGGAUUUGUUUGUAGUUUGCUUUUUGAAGUUUAACAUACCAUUUCUCACAUACACACACACACACACACACACUCACAUUCUGAACCAUUCACCAAAAUCAUGCCAACGGAAACGCCAACAAAACACUUGCAUGGCGCUUUGAGCAGUGUGUGUAAGUUCACAGGGAGCUUAUUUGGUGGAGAGGGAAGAGGUGGGACGUGGGGAGAAGGCCACAGCGUAUGGCUCUGUGCUGUUUAUUCUUAGUAGAUGAUGAGAUCAUGAAAUAAGUUAACUCUGGUUGGAUUGAGAAUAAAGGAGAUGAUGUAUAAUAAACUAUUCUUUGCGUACAGUAGUAAUGCUCACAGAUGCUCAAGCAAGGAGAGAAGUCCUGGUGAACAUUAAUUGUAUCAAUACCUCAUUUUACCAUGUCGUGGUCUCAGUUUGCCUCACUGGAGAAUCCACUAAAAAAGAUGGAUAUUAAUGGGAAGAAAAGAAUAGUUUUCUACAUCCUUCCUCAUCUCUUGAACUAUUCAGCAACUUCUUUAAGAGGCGGUGCGAAGAGCCAGAGAAGUCUGGGACACUGCCUGACUUCGUGAUGACAGCUCCUCUAAGUCACGGAGUCACCUGCCCAGCACUUGGCUUCCAGACGGUGUAGAAUUGCAGCCAACAUAGCGAGUGGCAUUCAAGGAAGCCUUUAAAGAUUGUGAUUAUAUGGUUUUCUUUUCCUUUGCGUGUGGGCUCUAUGCCUUACUAGAACACAUUAUUUUAAUCAUAGUAUUUUUUUUUAAUUUUUAAUUUUUUUUUUUGCUUCUAAGAAAAUGCUUUCUUAAUGCACAGAAAGUUGCUUCUGAUUAACUUUGGGGAUAUUUUUGCUUUCAUAGCUAGAACGGUUCUCGUCUUUAGCUGAGGUUUUAUGGCAUAUUAGACAGAUUAGGCAGAUUAGGGUGAAUGAUGUUUGUAAUGGGUGGACUUAAAUUGAGACAAUCUCCUGUACCAUGUGGUUUGAAUGAACUCACUAGGCUACUUCAGAUCAGUCACUUCAGUGCAUCUUGUGUAAGCCCCAGUUGUUGUUCUUUAUGAUUCUUAGAAACAGAUAUAUUAAUUGUUCCUUUCUCGCAAAAAAAUUCGUUUUCUAUGACAGGUUUCCCCUGCUUUCCGAAAGAGAGUGUUUCUGUGAAACUUUUCAUAAGCUGAAAAUGGUGUAAAGUGAAGAAGCCAUUAUUAUUAAUUUAUAUGGAAAAAAAUUUUGAGGGUUCCCAGACUCAAAAAAAACCACCUCUCCUAGGCUUUUCUGAUACUUUAUGACACAUCUUGCUGACGGAUGCGCAAAAUAAAUUGAGAUAAAGCCCAGAUGCUCACAGACACAGUUCAGAGCUCUGGCGGCUGGACGCUGACACGCUGUGUGUGUUUCCCGGGAAGGAGCUUGGUGGGGCCCCUAGCUGCCUGGGAUGUGCGUGCUACCUCUAAACUGGCUCGCUGCAAAACACACACACACACGCACACACACACACUAAGUGCAAUUUUUCGUAAAAGCAAAAAUCCUCUUUGGACUUCUUUCGGGUAGCAAAAACAGGUACUAACGUGGGUCUUUCAGAGAAGCAAAGUGGCCUAACACACACUUUCGAGAUGCAGGGGAUACCUGUAUUAAUAUUAGUAAUAAUUAACUCCACUUUCGACUCCGUAGCAAAAGUGGGCUCUCAUUUCCCUAACUUGAGAUACCAUAGGAUAGUAUUUUCGUUUUUAUGGUGGCCUUUGAAUCUUAUUAUGAGCAGGUGCCUCCCUUUCCCGAUAAACAACAGGAGUGAGUUUCUACUGGUGAUCAGGUGACAUUAUAGAAUGGAAAGUAAUCAGCAUUUGCAUUUACAAAUGUGGGUUGUGGUAAGCACUGUGCCCACACUGAUAUUCCAAAGAAUUAGGUUUGUGUUUGUGCUUCAUCUGCUGAUCUAGGUGUCCUUGAAUUGCUAAAAUGUUUAGAUCUCUAAAGGAGCCCUUAAUUUCAGAUGACCAGAAAGAAAUGAACCAGGGUUUGAUUGAUUGCCACAUGUGUGCCCUCCUGCAUUUCAGAGCAGAUGCUUGUCUUAGAAGAUAACUUUGGGUAAAUGUGAAUAAAAGGACUUCAUUGACUUUUUUUUACUAAAUAAGCUCUUAGUACCAUGCUUUUGUGAGCUAUUGGUAUAGCUUAUAUUUUUUUGUUUUUAAAUUUGACAGGAUCUCUCCCUAAGCCUAAAUACUACAUGACUAAAGAGAAAUGGUCAUCAUUAAACCGUUAUUAUAUUAUUGAAGUAUUCAUAGCUAUUAUAGAAAAAUGGGGAAAGUGUGCUGCUGAAAUUAUAGGAUCUGAAAAUUAUGGAAAUGUGAAGGAGUGUUAAUUAAUUAGUGUAAUUUUGUAUGCCACAGUGGUAUUCCCUGAAGAGUUAAAGACAUUCUGUUCAUCUAGUAAGUCUAAACCAAAGGGCUUUUCCUUUAUUUUUGCCUCUAAUUCUUUCUAGCACUUCAGAUUGUUUGCUUCAUUCACUGAAAAUGCAAUGACUGGGGAUUGUUUAUUCCAUUGAAGUGACUUGAAGUGACCUCUUGUGCUUUAGGUGCAGGUUGAUGCUGAAAAUAAACACAACACAGCACAGAGUUUGCCACACUGAUGUCUGCAUUAAAGGCUGUCAGACUACAGGAAGUUACAUAGAUUUCCUCUGGUCAGCUGCUGUACCCUGUGCCUGACUGGUCCUUUGUAGACUUGCCUUAAUGAUUUGUUCAAAAGCCUGGGAGGAGGGGAAGCUGCCAUGUCCUGGUGUGAAAAUGUCCCGUAGUGAAGACCCCUUCUCGGAUACAGUGUAGAGCCAACAUCUGUCCUAAACUGUCAGAGCCAGAGUCCGCAUUAUGAGCAGUUUUCGUAAUUGUCCAGUUUAUGUCAUUUUUCCAAGAUUUCAAAAUCUGCUCUACAUACUUAGUUUGAACCGCUCUAGGUUGUGAAAUGUAUUGGUUUCCUGCCAUCAUUACUGUAAAAAGAAGUUGUGAAUCUUGUUAAUGAACUAUGGAUUUCUCCCCCAAUUUCUAAAAUAAAAUGCUUGAAGAUUGUCUUUGAGUGUAAGAUCUACCUUUUCAGAAAGGGAGAGUUAGUUUGUCAUGUUAGAAAAUAAAGUCCUCGUUCAAUAAAAGCUGAAACCAUCUUU